CCCCUCUGUGGGGGCUCCUGCCCAGGAUAAAAGGGGAAGGAGCCACCCAGUCUCCUAUCUCAUCUCCCAGGCACAGUGCCUCUUGGUUUCUUAUUAGAUCACUCCUCCAGCGGAGAUCCCAACAAGACAACAUGCCUCCCAAGAAGCCUGAGCCUAAGAAGGAGGCAGCCAAGCCAGCCGCAGUGCCAGCCCCUGCACCAGCCCCGGCCCCAGCUCCCGAGGCCCCCAAGGAACCUGCCUUUGACCCCAAGAGUGUGAAGAUAGACUUCAGUGCUGACCAGAUCGAAGAGUUCAAAGAGGCCUUUUCAUUGUUUGACCGGACCCCAACUGGAGAGAUGAAGAUCACCUAUGGGCAGUGUGGGGAUGUGCUGCGGGCCCUGGGCCAGAACCCCACCAACGCUGAGGUGCUGCGCGUCCUGGGAAAACCCAAACCGGAAGAGAUGAAUGUCAAGAUGCUGGACUUUGAGACGUUCUUGCCCAUCCUGCAGCACAUUUCCCGCAACAAGGAGCAGGGCACCUACGAGGACUUUGUGGAGGGGCUGCGUGUCUUCGACAAGGAGAGCAAUGGCACGGUCAUGGGCGCUGAGCUUCGGCAUGUCCUUGCCACCCUGGGAGAGAAGCUGACUGAGGCUGAAGUGGAACAACUGUUAGCAGGGCAAGAAGAUGCCAAUGGCUGCAUCAACUAUGAAGCCUUUGUCAAGCACAUCAUGUCUGGGUGAAGCUGAUUCUUCCAGGUGCUUGGUCCUUGGCCUUGACCAUACCAGGAUGAGUGAGCAAAAGGCCCAGAAUGACCCCACUAAGAUGAAGUUGGACUAUCAUGCCACACCCCUGGGACCUCCCCAGCUGCUUUCUCUCUGUGAAUAAACGCUCUAGCAAGGUUGGGCCAAGACCCCUGGUUCUCACCAGUCUCUGGGUUGUCUGUUUAAAACUAACGAAUUGAGUUGGUUUUUGUGUGUGUGAGUGUGUGUUAACGUCUCCUUAGGCUUCAUUUAUACUCAAAGCAAUGAGUAGUGUCUGGGAGGUGGGAGACAAGGCAAAGGACUGUGGAUCUAGAAAUACUGGGGUCAGACCCCGGAGUGAGAGCUCUGCAGGGGAAGGGUCAGCAGUCUGAGGAGUUGUGGUUAGGAGUUUCACUGUCUUCCUGGUGCACCCAAGACGUUCUUGCACCUCCCAGGGACAAGUAAGAAGUAGGGUGCCAGGGCUGGGCUGGGGGCUCCUGAAAUGGUCCUUGUUACUGCUGCUUAAAAAAAAAAAUUGUGGUGGCCAGGCGAGGUGGCUCCUGCCUGUAAUCCUAGCAUUCUGGGAGGCCAAGGUGGGUGGAUUGCUUGAAAUCAUGAGUUUGAGACCAGCUUGAGCAAAAUCGAGACCCCCCUGUCUCUACUAAAAAUAGAAAAGCUGAGGGAAGAGGAUCUCUUGAGCCGGAGUUGGAGGUUGCUGUGAGCUAUGACGCCAUAGCACUCUACCCAGGGUGACAGCUUGAGACUGUCUCAAAAAAAAAAAAAAAAAAAUUAAAUUAAAAAAUUGUGGUGAAAUACACAUACAAGAAAAUUUACCAUUUUAGCCAUUAUGGGCAUACUAUUUGUUAGUGUUAAAUAUGUUCAUGUUGUGUAACCGAUCUCCAAAGAUUUGUUUCUGUUUUUUUGUUUUUUUUGAGACAGAGUCUCACUCUGUCACCCUAGGUAGAGUGCUAUGGCAUUGUAGCUCACAGCAAUCUCAAACUCUUGGGCUCAAGUGAUCCUCUUGCCUCAGCCUCUCAAAUGGCUGGGUCUACAGGCACCCACUACAAUGUCUGUCUAGUUUUUCUAUUUUGUAGAGAUGGAGUCUUGCUUAGCUCAGGCUGGUCUCCAGCCGUGGAGCUCAGGCGAUCCACACACCUCAGCCUCCCAGAGUGCUGGGAUUACAGGCGUGAGCCAUCAUGCCUGGCCUCCAGAGCUUUUUUAUCUUCUGAAACUGAGACAUCAACUCCCCAUUCCCUCUCCCCCAGGUCCUGGGGAUCAGCAUUCUUCUUUCUGUUUCUAUGACUUUGACCACUCCAGAUAAGUAAAACUGGACAGUGUUCGUCCUUUUGUGCCUAGCUUAUUUCACUCAACAUAAUGUCCUCAAGCCUCAUCCAUGUUGUCAGAAUUUCCAUCCUUCCGUAAGGCUGAGUAACAUCCCAUUGUGUGGACAGCUCACUUUGGUUUUGGCCCUUGCUUCUCCACGUGGGCCCUUUGGUGCCUCUUGCACUGAGCAGAAAGGCCCCUGUCCCUGAUUCAGCCCUGCGUGUUCUGGAUGUCUCAGCGACCCCAAGCCCAGGACCCCAGCUUAGGACCUUGGAAAGGUCCUGGCCAGAGAUCACAGACCUGGAGCUGCGAGGGCCGAAGAGUGGGAAGGGGCAAGCGGGCAAAGGAGAGAGACAAGAAAACCAGCUUUUGGGAAGAAGAGAAACUACAUGUGCUGAGGUUAAAGACACACACGUAUGAGUAGAAAUACUUACCUCGUACGUUG